AUGGAGCUGCUGUAUCGCUCUCAGGAAACGCGGGCGUUCUUCAAGAAGCUGAAUGACUCUCGCAACGGUUUUGUGCCGCAGGCCGAAAUGGGUAGAGACAAGGAAGGUGGCAUCUUGACGGACGAACGUAAGGUGGUCAAAAGGUUGAGGCAGUACUGCAAUGAACAUCUGAAUGGUGUGAAGGCAGUCAAUCGGGCGUUCAAGGAGGACGAUUACGUCAGUGUCGCAGCCGACGGGGAUGUACCGGCGCCCACUAUGAAUGAGGUUAACGAGGCUAUUCAACAGCUCAAGAACAAUAAGGCUAAGGAUGGUCUAGGAACGGAACUAUUCGAGGUGGGUCCGGAGAAACUGAGGGAAAGAAUGCACCGAAUAAUCGAAAGAAUCUGGGACAGAGAAUAG